CACUAAUAAUCUUCUCAUUCAAUUCCACUGUAUUUAUAAUCCCAUUCAACCUAAUUUGCCAAACAAACAAGGCCUAACAGUUUUGACCUACCUACUUAUCCUACUCUAUCAAUGUUCUUCCAGACAUUUUUUUUAAUUAAAAUUGAGUUGAUACAAAUACAAUCAAGUCGGAUAAUUUUGUCAUCCCUUAUGCAUUGCUGACCAUAAUGUCAAUGCCAUCCUUAAUUUAUACACAGGUUCAUGCAUGGGUUUUGUUCACCUGAAUAUGAGUGGCUUCACCAGAUAUUGCACCUUUACGAUCCAAGAAUGUUGAAAUCUCUCGGUUAUUAUGGAAGAGUUGAUGAUGCUUUUCGCUUGCUGCAAUCAGAGCCCUCUGUUCAGAGAAUGGUGACUUCUAUAUCAUCUGACAAAGCAGUGUGGGAUGCUAUAUUGAACAACGAGGCAGUUCAGAAUCUCCAGAAGUCACUCUACACAGGUGAGCCAAUACCAAAUGAUGCGAAUCCUUGGGUGGAACUCACCCUUCAAAAAUGGCUUGCAAGGAGAGUGCCCAAGAGGUUUAUAUGCACAUGGCCAAGGCCUUUGUUAACUGAUGUGAGAUUCACAAUGUCGUGACAUAUACAUAGCACAGUAGGCCAAGAUUACAAGUUUGUUGUUACAUGGAUUGUUAGUUGUUCUUGUUCUCUACGGGUAAUGACAUGUUGUAAUUGAAUAGGAAAAGAACUACUGGAAUAAGACGCACUUCUCGAAUCUAAAAUCUUUUUAUUCCAGCUGUAAAGUACUGCUACAAUGACUGAACGGUAUUCUUGAUUCCACAACACAAGCUUUCUUCACACAGUCAAAUUAGUUGAGACUUAGCAAGAAGGGAUAUAUGACUUAUUUCCUAUUUUGGCAACUAGGAAAAAAGUCAGCUUAUUAGCUUGUUUGGGUUACAUUACUUCUCUACUUUUUUGCACUUUUUUUCUUACUUCCCAAAAUAGGCGGACCUCUUUCAUUUCCUUUCAUUUGCUCAAAUCUUGCACUGUA